AUGACAGAUCCAAAACGAUUGUCUUUGCUUCCGAGAAGUAUCCUUAAGCAAAAAUUUAAGGAUGAUGAUACAACUAACACCAGUCAUAAUUUGACUAUGUCCCAGAUACAGUUUCCUACUGAGGGAAUUACCAAAGAAGAUAUACUGGACGGAAACAAUACGACAUCCCGGAUCAGUGCUGCGAUUUCGAAGGGAAAUCGCCGUGUGUCCUUUGCACCAGAUGUGACUUUGCACAAGUUCGAAUUCAUACCACAAUCGAUUCAAAAUGUAAGGGAACCUCGAAGGAAAUCCGCUUUAAAAUUGGAAGUGGCAGUAGCUGAAGCCUCUAUGGCCGAUACCAAAAAUGAUAACGACAAUUCUGGAGAAACAAUGGAAUUUACUAGUCCGAUAGGUUCAAUAUUCCAAAAAUUGGAGUCUCCAAGCGAACCGAAAAAUGAUGGGUACCAACCUGUGUUCGACAAAGAGGUUUCAAUGGAUAUAACACAGUUAUUUGCAAAACAUAGCGCUAAACCAGACGAUAAUGUGGUACCGCAAGAAACCUCUACUGCUGCGGAAGAAGAAGAAGAGAAUGGUAACGAAGACCAAGUUUUGGAGGAAACAAUGGACCUUACAGAACCGCAGAAACGCCGCUUUAACGAAGAAGAGUCUAUGGAAAUAACUGACCAAAUACGGAUGGAUGCAGAAAAACCUACGCUAGAUGCAGAUUCAGAAUCUGCUUUCAAAUUACCUAAGAUACCAGCAAUUACAGAGGAAACAAUGGAAUUUACAAACGUGCAGGCUCCUCUGGAGAUGCGAGAGUCACAGAUAGUUUCUUCAACUCAACUAGAACCAACUCAACUCCCGCAGUCAAAAAGAAGGAAAUUAUCUAACGGUGGUUAUCAGUCUCCGGUCAAAUUGCAGGUACCAGUGCAAGUGCAAGAGACCCCUGAACAAAAAGAGAAUAUAGAUGCGGAGCUCACAGAGAUGGAACGAUUAUCGCCAAUUCCGUUGGCAACAAAUUCUUUACCAAAACCAAAAAAUGUCGGCUCUCCCAUACUAUCCAAAACAAGUAAACAUGUUCUAUCAGACACUCAAAGUCAAUCGGGACCAAUCUCCUUGCAGACAUUUUUUGAUGCUGCUAAUAUAAAAUUCAACGUUGAUACCCAAAUAAACGAAUUUCAAAUCGAUCUUAAGAGUACGAAUAACAUCGAACAUGUCCCAUCUAAUAUAAUAUACCAAGCGUUAUAUUGUAAGAUUCCAAUAUUAGAGAUUCAAGCUUUCACCGCAAAAGAACUAACCCGAAGAAUUCUACAAUCAAGGAAUCUCUUAAAGAGUCUUCGAGAGCAGAUUGCAUCCAACGAACCCCCCAGGUUGAUAAAAGAGUAUUUUGAGGCAGAUACUGAUACCCGUUAUGCUAUUAACGAAAAGUUAGAAUUAGUAACCAUAAUGGCUAGAUUACAAUCUGAAAAAGUCUGGUUUGAGUGGAGAUCACAACAUUUGAAAGGAAUUAAAACAGUCCUGGAAGAAAAUAUAGCUAUCUUGGUGGAUGAAAAUGCCCAGAUCAUGAAAUACAUGAAUGAAAUAAAUGACGUGAAAAUAAGAGUUAGUGACAUCAAACAGGUGUUAAUGAAAGAACUUGAUGUUCUUCGGCAGCACAACGAUGUUUUUAGUAACAAGAAAGAGAACAUAACGACUCUCCUGAAAGUGAACAAAUUGAAAGGAGACUUGAGGGAGAACAUGCUAAAGGUGUCAGACUUGAACCAGCUGACCACUAAAAAAGAUCAACUUACCCAAAAAAUACAAGAUGCAAAAUUGGAGAUGAGUAAAGUGAACGAAGAGAUUGCUCAACUUCGACAGGACUUGAAACAAAGCAAAGUUUGCACAGAAUAUGAUGUGGCAAAGCUUAAACUAGUCCAUCAGCUUUACCAAAGCAUUUCUGGUAUAAAGUUCAGAAAGUUAGUUGGUCCAGUCCUAUCUGUAUCAUUACAUGACGACAAAGUUAUUGUGACAGCUGAUCUUUCAAAAAUUGAUCAACCGUCAUGUAUUUCAUUCAGUAUUAGAGAAGAACGAAUAGACCAAUUUGAAAGAGAAUUUAUAAACUGUUGGAUCAACUCUUGCCAGCGAACCUUCAUAAAUGGACUACAGUGCAUAUCAAGUUUGCAACGUCAACUGAUAGAUCUUUCAAUUGUCAUUUCAGAAUUCAAAAAAUUAAAACUCGUAUUCCCGGCAACCGUCAAUGCCCCAUCACAGAAUUCUCAGAUCAAAUAUGUCACAUUCCAGCAUUUGGACUAUAAAUAUCAUUGCAAAGUAGCCCUUUCUUUGCCUAUGGAAAGGUUUAUUGAUUUGAUAUGUCACUCUAAAAAUGCGACCAUCAAUGUUAAUAUUAUCUAUGGCGAAGAAAAAACAGCAAGAAAUCUAACGUCUAAUCUCAUAAAGAAAUAUGAAAAGGUAUUUAAAUGGCUCUCCAAUUGUAAUAUAGCUCUUUGA